CUACUUGUUACUUCCAAGUCCCUGGACAAGUAGCGCUCUUGAUUAUGAUGCGUGCCAACACAAACCGUCUCGCCUCAUCGAUGGGAGGAGGGUACCACGCCUCCGCUCAGGAUUGGCGAGCAACCACGCCCUGUCGAUUUUUUCAGAGGGGGUCGUGUACCAAGGGAGCAUCAUGUCCCUUUUCGCAUAAUUUAUUGAGUCGGUCUGUUGUGACAUCUCAAGAACGAGGCGAACAACUCGAAAAAGCAAGGGCAACCAACCCCCCCGCCGAGAGCCCUAGAAGUGCAAAGCCUAUUUGCAGAUUCUUCAAAACAGGGAGCUGUAUAUAUGGAGAAAAGUGUCAGUUUCGUCAUGCUGAGGAAGAGUUGACGGUUCAAGCCGGGACCAAUGAUGCGUUCGAGGACGAACCAAAGAAGGACGACGACUUCACGAGAACGAUUGCGGGUGCCUUCGUCCAGUUCGAAGCAGGUGCCCGCGUAUCCAAGAUUCGUCUGCCCAGCGACUUCUCUGCUGUCCGCAUCAGUGGAUUGCCGCUGAACACCCCAGCUAUAUCACUUCGGGAUAUGCUUGCUGACAUGGGGUUGCAUGUCAGCGUCGCCGAUGUCCAUAUGUUGCAGAUGGAAGGCAGUUGUGGCGCAUCCGUGAGAUCGGACGAUGCAUUCUUUUCCAAGAAACUCUGCGCCAUUGUUCAACCUGGCUAUAUAUGGCAGGGCGUUAAAAUAUAUGCAACGCCCGUCGCUGCGCCCAUGCCCUCUAGCCACAAUGCUCGGCGUGUAGAUUGCAAGAAGGUCCAUAUAUCCUGGCACAAGGCAGUCAGGAAUGUCUGGCUAAACUUUGGCAGCGGAGAUGUUGCUCGGAGAGUGAGCGACAUGUUCUCAAAGGGAGUCUAUCGAAUUCUGAAUCAGAAAGUCACCGCGGGGGAAGCUACUGAAGCUAAACCAGCUUUUCAUCCGUGGUCGUCGUCUAAAAACAGUGUAGCAUGGACCGUUAUGCUGACCGAAGUCCCAGCGAGUGCAGAGAGGAGCGACAUCUUGGAGGCCAUUACACAAGAACGGAACAGGCCGCGUCAUAUAGAAGUAGGCCUUCCAUCGUACUCAGCGGAUUCUGAGCAGGCCACCACAUUGAUACGCUCGCUUCUGACGAAUGUCGGACCUUUGGAGUAUUUCGAAGUCACACUCGAGACGAACGCUCGGCGAGUCAAAGCAACUGCGCGCUUCUUGGACGAGGCCGAUGCUCGGAGAGCUGCUGAAGAGCUUGACAAAAAGGAGCUCCCUUUCCAUCCUAAAGCGCGAUUGACGGUCCAGAUGGUGUACUCGGCCAAGUUCAAAACUGGCACCAAUAUUUACGACGCUGUUUGUCCCAGAAUCCUGCCCCAGCAGAAAAUUUGGAGAAGCAAGAACAUUGCCUUUAGAGCAUACAACAGCACAGAUCCCCUACAGAGGUUCAGGCUUUUGAAGAUUGAGGGCGAGUCGGCAGUUGACAUCGUUGCGGCCAAGGCUGACCUCGAAUCCAUUCUUGCUGGAGUCGUCAUGAGGGAGAAUGACACCGUCCUUUGGGAUCCUUCUCUCAAGGCGAAUGGCAAACUUUAUCAAGCAAUAAAGAAGCUAGAGAAAGAAUGUUCCAUAGUUAUUCUUCGGGAUAAAGGCAAAUCCGAGCUGCGUGUUUUCGGAGCUCAGGAAUGUUGCGAAGAAGCACAGCUUCGGUUGGCUGAAUUGAUACGCCUCGAGUCGCUCUCGACGUCCACCCGAGCAAUUGAGCUUCAACCUCACCAGUUCUUCUGGGCCUGCCAUGGUGGUUUUAGAAAGAUUGCUGCGCGGCUUGGUCCAGAAAAGGCAUCAUUUGAUAUCAUCUCUACGCCCAAGAAGAUUGUAAUCUCUGGGCCGCUGGAAGACUAUGACGUUGCCUUGGCGAUUAUGGAAGGCAGAGAUCAAGUCGCAGAACCAGAAGAGCAACCAAAGCCCGACGAUGCCACACAAGAUUGUUCUGUUUGUUGGACAGACGCCGAGAAUCCCAUCAAGACAGGCUGUGGCCAUGUCUACUGUCUAGAAUGUUUCGAAAGAAGCUGCAAGGUGGGGGACGUGACGACCGCGGCCUUUGUUGUUUCUUGCCACGGUAACCAAGGGAAUUGUAAGAGCAUCAUAGGAGUGGAGGAUCUUCAGGAGCAUCUCUCCUCAGCCGCGCUCGAAGAAGUGCUUGAGCGAUCCUUUUCAUCCCAUAUCAAGCGCAACCCUAACAAGUUCCGCUACUGUCCCACUCCAGAUUGCGGCUACAUAUACAGAGCCACAUCUGAGUCGAGGAUCCAGAACUGCUCCAACUGUCUCAGGCCGAGUUGUUCCGCUUGCCACGAGUCGCACGUCGGCAUGUCGUGCGCAGAACACCGUUACCUGAUCUCAAAAGACUAUCAGGAGUUCAGGAAUCUCAAGGAAGAUCUAGGAAUAAAAGACUGCCCAAGCUGCAAAACUCCAUUGGAAAAGAUCUCGGGCUGCAAUCAUAUGACGUGCACGGUCUGCAACUGUCACAUUUGCUGGGUUUGUUUGAAGACUUUUUCAAGUGGCGAUCAAGUCUAUGAUCACAUGGAAACGUUGCAUUGAGGUCUUUACGACCCGGAGGAGGCUCAUAUAUAACAAUGGUAUGCGGUAAUCCCAGACCAAGGGGGGGGAGAAUGAUGGGAUGAAGAAGGCAAGAGGACAAUGCCUGACGGACUGUGUGAGAAUUUCAGCGCUAUCCAAGAAAAGACGUUUCUGGAGGUUUAGCAUACUAAUUAGCCAAAAGAUCUUGAAUCGACCUUUUUCAGCUGCGAUCUGGCAUUCUGCAAUGGUUCUUGAAAGGUAUGAGCGAGUAGAGAGCAGGAUAUGGAAGCAAAAGAUGCCGUACUGUGCGAUUAAGUCGAAGGUGUAUUCGCACAGUCCCCGCCCCCACUACUGGCUUAACCCAACCUCACUCUUUCCCUUUCAAGAGCC